AUGUUCUCGCCGCCUGCUCAACUCGCGCGCCUCGGAUACGGCCUACACCCCGAACUCAAAAACAGAACGCAAGCAGCGAUUGUGUGCCUACAGCCUAACCCUUCAUCGUACAGCGGCGCCCAUAGGCACAUUUUCUUCAUAUACACCCAACGACCAUCCUUAGAGGAGCAAGCACUCUUCACGCUCACCACAUCCGUUCUACUCUUCACAGCUCGUUUGCGGAGGAACUUGCCUGAUGUCGACGCCAAAAUGCUUGCCCUAAAGUGGUCAUGUGAUCUCAUUUGCUCGAGAAGUGACGUCCCCACGCGUUCUGACCUGAACCCCCUUCACCCUCGUAUCCAUUCGUUUGACGUUUACGGUCUUGAUAUGUCUGAACAAACAGGAUCCUCAUCUUUGUCUCUCCUAGCCAAACGAAAGCGCGUUGAAGGACCAGAUGGGGCGAGCCCGGACAGUGAGCCGAUACAACGAGCGAAGACCUGGUGGUUCGACGACGGAAAUGUAAUAAUCCAGGCAGAAAAGGUCCAAUUUCGCGUUCACAGAGGCGUACUAUCAUACCACUCUGCUAUACUUUCGACCAUGUUCUCCUUGCCCCAGCCCAGUACCAAUGACACGAGUACCGAGACGGUGGAGGGUUGUCCCGUUGUUCCUGUGUCGGAUUCAGCCAUGGACUGGGACGCCAUUCUCAGGGUAUUCUAUUCCUCGGUAUUGUUUCUCAACGGAGGAGCAAGUCCACCCCUUGAAGUCGUUUUCGCGAUGAUCCGACUUGGCCACAAAUACGACAUGCCACACUGCAGGAACGAAGGCAUCAGGUUAAUCCGAUCCGCCUGCCUUUCCACUCCAAAUUUUUCUCUCUCGCCAUCUCUCUCGAUCUCGGAUCUCGUCCAGUUCUCCUUUGAAAUGCGAUUAGAAACGGUACAAGCAAGACUCUUUCUCUAUACAGUGGAAAAUCCCGGGUUCCCCGAAAUCCUGUAUCGUGGUACCACGAGCGCAACUGGGAAAACCACCCAGAUUUCACCCAGCCUCCACCCAACCCUAACUCUGGGCCGCGAAAAGCUUUGGGCGGAAAUGCAGACCCACCUAUUCUCUUACCUCUUCAAAAAUCUGGACAGCGCGGGCUGUCAUGACACCGAGGAGUGCAGUAAAGCGAAGCUCCGAAUUACUUGCAAGAUAUUCACACCCGUCCCCCAGCUCGGGUACAUCCUUACAGCAUGGGAUCCUGACCUCUUUGGGAAGGACCUGUGCAAACACUGCUUGGCAGAGGCGAAGGCGACUGUGACGGAGGGUCAGUAUACCAUGAUGAAACUCUUGCCUAAGGCAUUUGGGCUUCCGCCAUGGGAAUGUCAGAAGGAUUUAAACUUUUGA